CAAAGGGGGAAAAAAACACAGCUGUUUUGACUGCUACUCCACAUAUGCGGAUGCUGCCGUAGAGACUUCUGCAGGAUCUGCAUUAACAGGUCUAGAGAUAGAACAUUUCUUCUGUUUCUUCUACGUGAAUCAUCAAAAUGGUCGUAUGGGCAAGAGUGUUGUUCAGUGUACAUGUGCUUGUGCAGCUAGCCUACAUGGUGAAAUCCCAAGGAAUUGUCUAUGAUCUCCUGGUGUCACCAGAUUGUUUGCCUGAUCUCCUACAAGGAGGACUGAAGAAUAAGAACGUGAAUGAUGUUUUUAUUCUGACGAGCUUUCAGAUCCAGAAUAAAGCUCCAGUGCGUGUUUUCCGCAUUUACAACCCUACAGACAACGCCGAUUACUUAGAUUUCACUGUGCAUGGGAAGCUCAACAAAGUCACUUUGAGGUAUCUGAAAAGCAAUGGAAAGAUAGGCACAGCCAGCUUCUUUAAUGUGCCCUUGGCCGACGGCCGGCCGCACAAUGCCUUGCUGCACUUCAGUGGGCUGACCCACGGCACACCUCGCAUGGCUCUGUAUGUGGACUGUUCGCUGGUGGAGAUAGUGGAGGAACUGCCAGCUGCCCUCAAAACACUUCCUUCUGGCCCUAAGAAAGUCGCACUCAAGACCUUGACCUCUACAUCAGGGGAUAGCAUAUCAGACCUCAAGCUCGUUCUGGGCGAAUCAAUAGAGAAUGUUGUGACGCUCCAGGACUGUUCUCAUCAGCAGGGGGAAACCAUGCAAUUACGGGGCAUCUCAUCACAAAUGGAGCCAGGCCCCAUGUUUGAACUUGUACAGAUGAUCCAUGAACUAAAAGAGAAAAUGGAGAAGCAGAUCCAGGAGACCGCAAAUAUAAAGAGAAUAAUUAUGAAGUGUCUUCAGUGUGAUGGGCAAGACAAGAGCCCAGAGGCUCAAACACUUAAGUGUGGUCCAGGAGUGUGCUUCCAGCAAAGCAUGUGUACUGAGACAGAGCAAGGUGUCAAGUGUGACCCGUGUCCUGAAGGCUACGAAGGAGAUGGAUUCAACUGUAAGGAUGUGGAUGAGUGUCAGUUCAACCCGUGUUUCCCUGGUGUGCGAUGCAUUAACACAGUCCCAGGGUUCCGGUGUGAGAGAUGCUCCAGAGGGUACAGUGGGUCGGAGUUGCAGGGUGUGGGCAUCUCCUUCGCCCAGUUUCAUAAGCAGGUCUGUUCUGACUUAGACGAGUGUCAAAGGGACAAUGGAGGCUGCACUCCUAAUUCCUACUGCCACAACACAAUGGGUUCAUUCUACUGUGGAGAGUGUAAGCCUGGUUUCACUGGAGAUCAAACAAGUGGCUGCAAGCCGUUACCUCUUCCUGGACCUUCUGUAAUUCCUGCUCCGCUCACUACUAGGCUGUGUGGGAACGGUCAGCGCAACCCCUGCGACCCCAAUGCUGAGUGUAUCGUGGAGAGAGAUGGAAGCCUCAGCUGUGUGUGCAACAUCGGCUGGGCCGGUAACGGCUACGUGUGUGGGAAGGACACGGACAUCGACGGUUUCCCUGACAGACAACUUCCUUGUCAGGACGUCUACUGCAAAAAGGACAACUGCAUGUAUGUACCUAACUCAGGCCAGGAAGAUGCAGACGGUGAUGGAAAUGGUGAUGCCUGCGAUGAAGAUGCAGACAGCGAUGGUAUCCUCAAUGAGAAGGACAAUUGCUGGUUGGUGCCAAACAUAGACCAGAAGAACAGUGAUGAAGAUACUCAUGGUGACGCAUGUGACAACUGCCUACGUAUAAAUAACCCUGACCAGCGCGACACAGACCGGGAUGGAGUGGGAGAUGACUGUGAUGAUGACAUGGACGAUGAUGGCGUGAAAAAUAUUUUGGAUAACUGCCCCAAAGUUCCCAACCCGGACCAGGUCGACACUGAUAAUGACGGUGUUGGAGAUGCUUGUGACAGCUGCCCUGAUGUGCCCAACCCUAGCCAGUCAGAUGUCGAUGAUGACCUUGUAGGAGACACUUGUGAUACCAACACUGACAGUGAUGGGGAUGGACACCAGAACACCAAAGAUAAUUGUCCUACAGUCAUCAACAGCUCUCAGUUAGACACAGACAAAGACGGGCUCGGUGACGAAUGCGAUGACGAUGAUGAUAACGACGGCAUCCCAGAUAAUAAAGACAACUGCAGACUGGUGCCCAAUCCAGACCAAGCAGAUAAAGACAACGAUAAUGUGGGUGAUGCCUGUACCGGAGACUUUGACCAGGACCGGGUGAUUGACAAGAUUGACACGUGUCCUGAGAAUGCAGAGAUCACGCUGACAGACUUCAGAGCAUAUCAGACCGUCGUGCUGGACCCAGAGGGCGAGGCUCAGAUUGACCCCAACUGGGUCGUCCUUAAUCAGGGCAUGGAGAUCGUUCAGACGAUGAACAGCGAUCCUGGACUUGCAGUGGGUUAUACAGCCUUCAAUGGUGUGGAUUUCGAGGGAACCUUCCAUGUGAACACGGUGACUGACGAUGACUACGCCGGAUUCAUCUUCGGCUACCAGGACUCUUCCAGUUUCUACGUGGUUAUGUGGAAGCAGACAGAGCAGACGUACUGGCAGGCUGUGCCUUUCCGGGCCGUGGCUGAACCUGGCAUCCAGCUCAAGGCGGUGAAAUCCAUGACUGGGCCUGGUGAGUUUCUGAGGAAUUCUUUAUGGCACACGGGGAACACCAAGGAUCAAGUGCGGCUGCUGUGGAAAGAUCCUCGCAACGUGGGCUGGAAGGACAAGGUCUCGUACCGCUGGAUGCUGCAGCAUCGGCCUCAAGUCGGAUACAUCAGGGUUCGUUUUUAUGAAGGCACCAACCUGGUGGCAGACUCCGGCAUGGUCAUCGACACCAGCAUGAGGGGAGGCCGUCUUGGUGUGUUCUGCUUCUCCCAGGAAAACAUCAUCUGGUCCAAUCUGAAAUAUCGCUGCAAUGACACAAUCCCUGAAGACUACCAGGAGUACGUUGCACAGGAUUCUGACAGGAAAGAGGAUACACAGGAUAACAGUACACAGUAAUGUAAAGGAACACAGUGCGCAAAACAUCCUCACAUGGCUAAUCAUUUGAAGGGGGGAAGAAAGGGAUGAUACAAUAGGUUGGCUAGUGUUAUUUAAAUAAAUCAUAUUAUUGUUCCUUUACAUGAAGUAGGGUUAAAAAGGACCGGCAUCAUAUUCUCCAAAAAACUCCAUUUGCUUCGUAAGAAUGUUUGGGUAAAAAGUGAAUCAGAUCCUGAAGAUAGAAUGCAGAAAUUCUUCUUUGGGCUUCAUUCAACGUACUUGAUGUAUUCAGUGUUGUAUGGAAAGCAGUCAGCAAUCCUGACUUGUAUUCUCUCGUACACAACAUUCCUAUUAGUUUCACUGUGAAUACUAAGAAUACUGACUCGUUCCUAAUGCUAACUGAAUAACAUGCUUUAAGAUGGAUAACUGGAUAAUAAGCCAGAGGUUUAAGACUAUAUAAAGAAUAUGAACGUUUGCGGAGAGAUUUGUGUUUACUAGUCUAUGAAAGUGAUUCUGUUAAGCUGCAAAAAGCUUAUAAAUGUUUAUGAAGGUCUGAAAUGGGACAACAUGGUUCAGUUUGGGAUUUAUUUUUUUUUAGGAACGGGCAGCUUCAAAAAUGUCAAGUGUCAUGGAAUCUUUUCCUAGCUUUUUUCCAAAACGCAAUUAAAAGCCAACUUCUCUUUCCAUGGAAAAAUGAACACAACAUUUA